ACCGUACAGAGUAUGUGGUCCGGGUGGUCGGAACCUGAACGGAACUGGUUUAACGGAACAUAUUCAAAAUGCUUUGUUUACAUUUUCAUUUUUUAAUUCAGUCAAAUUGGGAUAUUUGAUAUGAAUCGUAUAAAAUACACAAGUCCUCUUUUGAUCGACGGUGAAUCAACUAUUGCAGUAGAAAAUAAUGUCAGAUUAUAUGAUGGCGAUCAAAAGACAUCAUUUGAAGGUGGUGAACUGAUUAUUACAACUCAUAGGCUUCUAUGGGGUCGCCCAGGACAAAUUGCCCGAGGACAGACAUGUUUUUCAUUGAAUUUGAGUCUUGUCGUUUUUGUAGAGGAAGAAUCACCUAGUUCAUUCAGCUUCAGCAGAUCCAGAAAAAUAAUAUUGCAUUUAUCAGAAGUUAAUGAUUCUUCUAACGGGCCCCAGCUAACAAGUAUCUACAAUUUUAUUAAGCUGUCUUUCAGAGAAGGAUAUUCUAAUAAUGUACUGGGAAUUUUGAAUGACCUAUUGCAAAAGAAGCUUUGGGAACCGGAACUGCCAGAUGCUGUGCUUCAGAAUAAACCCCAAAUACCUACAAUAAAGCCUAGACUUGGAAUUGUCGGAAUUGAAAGAAGUAUACUAGAAAAACAGAAAGCUACAGAUGAGAGUAUCAGCAAAGCUUUUCAGGACUUAGAUAAGCUAAUGACGAUGGCCAAGGACAUGGUAAGACUGUCUAAAAUGAUUUCAACGAAAAUCAAGGAGAAACAAGGUGAUAUAACUGAAGAUGAAACCGUCCAAUUCAAGUCUUAUUUACUCAGUCUGGGAAUUGACGAUCCUGUUACUAGAGAUUCAUAUAAAUCCGACAAUCAGUACUACCACAGUCUGGCAAAACAAAUCUGCUCGUUUUUGCAUAGACAUAUAGAGGAAAUGGGCGGUAUGAUGGCUCUAACUGAUGUGUUUUGUUGGGUGAAUAGAGCAAGAAGUUUGGAACUCUUGUCUCCAGAAGACAUUUUAAAUGCUUGUAGAGUUAUGGAAUCCCUUGAUUUACCACUGAAGCUAUAUAAAUUUUCUUCGGGAGUUAUGGUGCUUCAGUUGAGUAGUUUGGACAGUGAGAGUGUUGCUGAAGCAACUUCAAUUCUGGUUGAAGACAGAGGAUCACUCUCUGCAGAAGAACUCUCACAAACUCUUGGCAUUUCUCUCACACUGGCCAAAGAAAGAUUACUUACUGCUGAGAAAUUUGGAAAAUGUUGCAGGGAUGAUUCCAUUGAAGGUUUAAGAUUUUAUCCUAACCUUUUUCUAACUAGAGAAGAAUGAGAAUGUUAUAGAAAAGUCAAAUGUUUUUAUAUAAUGAUUUUAUUGUGAAGAUAAUAUUUUGAAAUUUAUUUUGAAUAUUAUAAUUUGAAUUGUU